GGUUUCGCAGCCCCAGCCCGGGCCAUGUGGGAGCCUCAGGGUGCUGAGGCGUUCGCGGCGGCCCUCGGAGGCGCCCUCUUCCUGCUGCUCUUCGCGCUGGGGGUCCGCCAGCUGCUGAAGCAGAGACGGCCGUCGGGCUUCCCCCCGGGACCGUCGGGGCUGCCAUUUAUCGGCAACAUCUACUCGCUGGGCGCCUCGGCCGAGCUCCCCCACGUCUACAUGAAAAAGCAGAGCCAGGUGUACGGCGAGAUCUUCAGUUUGGAUCUUGGAGGUAUAUCAGCUGUGGUUCUAAAUGGCUAUGAUGUAGUAAAGGAAUGCCUUGUUCAUCAAAGUGAAAUUUUUGCAGACAGACCAUGCCUUCCUUUAUUCAUGAAGAUGACAAAAAUGGGAGGCUUACUCAAUUCCAGAUAUGGCCGAGGAUGGGUUGAUCACAGAAAAUUAGCUGUAAACAGCUUUCGCUGUUUUGGAUAUGGCCAAAAGUCUUUUGAAUCUAAAAUCUUAGAAGAAACCAAAUUUUUCAUUGAUGCUAUUGAAACAUACAAUGGUAGCCCUUUUGACUUUAAACAAUUAAUAACAAAUGCCGUUUCAAACAUAACCAAUCUGAUCAUUUUUGGAGAACGAUUCACUUACGAAGACACUGAUUUUCAGCACAUGAUUGAGUUAUUUAGUGAAAAUGUGGAACUAGCCACCAACGCCGCAGUCUUCCUCUAUAAUGCCUUUCCAUGGAUUGGCAUCUUACCUUUUGGAAAACAUCAACAACUGUUUAGAAAUGCUGCUGUGGUCUAUGACUUUCUCUCCAGGCUUAUUGAAAAAGCUUCCAUCAACAGAAAACCUCAGUUACCUCAGCAUUUUGUUGAUGCUUAUUUAGAUGAGAUGGAUCAAGGUAAAAAUGACCCAUCAUCUACUUUCUCCAAAGAAAACCUGAUUUUCUCUGUGGGUGAACUCAUCAUUGCUGGAACUGAAACUACAACCAAUGUGCUACGGUGGGCAAUUCUUUUCAUGGCCCUUUAUCCUAACAUUCAAGGACAAGUUCAGAAAGAGAUUGAUUUAAUUAUAGGACCCAGUGGGACACCUUCUUGGGAUGACAAAUGCAAAAUGCCUUAUACCGAGGCAGUUUUACAUGAAGUUUUAAGAUUCUGUAAUAUAGUGCCGUUAGGGAUUUUCCAUGCAACCUCUGAGGAUGCAGUUGUACGUGGUUAUUCCAUUCCUAAAGGCACAACAGUAAUUACAAAUCUUUAUUCUGUACACUUUGAUGAAAAGUAUUGGAGAGACCCAGAAAUAUUCUAUCCAGACCGAUUUCUGGACAGCAAUGGAUAUUUUGCCAAGAAGGAAGCUUUUGUUCCCUUUUCCCUAGGGAGAAGACAUUGUCUUGGAGAACAGCUGGCUCGGAUGGAAAUGUUCCUGUUUUUUACAACAUUGCUUCAGCGAUUUCACUUGCAUUUUCCAAAUGAACUGGUUCCAAAUCUGAAGCCCAGGUUAGGCAUGACGUUGCAACCCCAGCCCUACCUCAUCUGUGCAGAAAGACGCUGAAAGUGCCUGGAUGUUUCGUGGAACAAGGUGUUUGCCUCACCCCUGACCCUUGUUUAGACACUGUGUGUGUUUGUAUAAGAAUCACAGCAUCAUAAAAACCAAAUGAACACAGAUGUGUCUUUAAAAACUGUAAUAAUAGCAUUAGCUAUUAUUUUUUCCAACCUUUUAUGACUUAUAAGGUAGAAUUAUCUGAGGAAAACAGAGGUACAAAUGACAGUUGUUGCUUAAGAUACUAAGAAGGGCCAUCGAUGCCCUGACUUUUCAGCCUGUUGUUGAGCACCAGAUACCCCUUAUCCCUUCUUGACUCCAAUUUGCUCCUGUCUGGGCUCUUUGCUUCCAAAUGUCAAUGCCAGCUCAUUUCUGAUCAGCUAUUGCCGUUAAUAGAUUGUGUGGUACUAGUCCAGUUUAAUAGUGGACUAAAGAAGAAAUUAGAACCCAAAUAAAUGAGUUUGGACUACAGAGGUAUUUUAGACAUGGUGGCAAAUGAUAGAAUAGAUAGCUAUACAGUAUAUUUAAUGUAAAACCUGCCAGUGCUUUCAAAUCUUGCUUCCUACUAUAGCUUCAUAAGAGUUGCGGCGUCAUUCUUCCUACAAAUGAGGGUCCCUGUGACCCUCAUAGCAGCAGUUAAGUAGAUAGGAAAUUACAAUAAGGUAUUUAAAAAUGACACAUAACUUUCUUUUUCUUUUUCUUUUUUUUGGGGGGCCACCGUGCAGCUUGUAGAAACUUAGUUCUCUGACCAGGGAUUGAACCCAGGCCCUCUGCAGUGAAAGCACCGAGUCCUAACCACUGAACCACCAGGGAAUUCCUGACACAUGCCUAUUCUUUGUAGGCACAGACUUUUUCCCCAGUACCAUUUUUUUUCCAAAACUAGUCACAGGGCUUAAAGAUUGAAUCCUUUUACCUUUUAGAGGUCUCUAGGCAUUUCCUUGGAUUACUGUUACUUUUCUAAAAAGAAUACUAUUCAAAUCCAAAAAACAUGCUUUAGAGGCAAGGUAACUGCAUAAAUUGGGACACUUGAGAAUGAUGGGCUUCUAUUAAUAAUUAUACCAUAAAAUAAGUGUAAACUGUGACUGUCCUGAUCAAACUGGUAUGUAUAGUCACCCAUUUAUACCUUUUUUUAAGCAAUAUUUCUUCUACAGUUGUACAUUAAGGGUUCAUGCUCUUGUAACUUAGCUCAUGAAUAGUCACAGCCUCAGAGUAAAUGCACAUAACAAUGAUUUCUGUUAGGAAUAUGAAUUUAACCUUAGUUUGACUUUAUCUGUUGAAUAUUUUCAGGUGUAUGUGUGAUAAAUCAGGAGUCUUUGCAUCUCUGAUAUAUUAAGAUGUUUCUAGUUGCAAGGGGGAAAAGGUCCUGUGCAAAUUUACAAAAUAAUAAAGGAGAAAUUCAGAGGUAGCAAGGCAGUUUUAGGGUAGGUAUGACCUAGAUGCUUCAUGCUGUAAUCAAGAUCCUGUUUCUUCACAUCCCUCAAGUUUGCUUUCCAGAUGAUAUCAGCUUUAUCUUAAGGCUGGCUCAUGGAAGUACAUGUGUUUUGCCCACGUCCUUUCAAGACAGUGAGCUUGGAUUGUUUUGGGGAGAACAAGGGAGCUUUUCAGAUGUUCUCCCCAGACUGUUCUUUGUGUCCCGUAGGUCCUAACCAAGUUACAUGUCCAUCCAUUAAAACUAUGUCUUGUGAACAUGGAAGCAGCCCAAGUGCCCAUUAACAGAUGAUUGGAUUAAGAAGAUGUGGUAUAUAUACACAAUGGAAUAUUAGUCAUAAGAAAGAAUGAAAUUCUGCCAUUUGCAGCAACAUGGAUGGACCUAGAGAAUAUUAUGCUUAGUAAAAGAAGUCAGAGAAAGACAAAUACUGUAUGAUAUUACUUAUAUGUGGAAUCUAAAAAAGAAAAAAAAAGAAUGUAUAUGCACAACAGAUGCACAGAUAGAGAACACAAAUUUGUGGUUACCAAAGGGGAGAGGGGAGUGAGGAGAGACAAAUUAGGGGUGUGGGAUUAACAAACUACUGUGUAUAAAAUAAAUAAGUAAAUAAGCAACAAAGACAUACUGUAUAGCACAGGGAAUUAUAGCCAUUAUCAUAUAGUAACUUAAAAUGGAGUUAUAUAAUGCAAAAAUACUGAAUCACUAUGCUAUACACCUAAAACUAAUAUAAUAUUGUAAAUCAACUAUACUUCAAUUAAAAAAAAAAUGUCUUGUGAGUGGGAUUAUUGUUCCCUUAUGCCUGACUAUUAAAGCCAGUGAUGGAGCUGGCUUCGC